CAACACUGGUUGCAGUUGAAAAGUUCUAAAUUAGUAAGCUCUCGAAAAAUUAGUUAAAUUGUUAGUGAAACAAUUCUUAAAUCAAGUUUUAUUGUGCUCAAUCGAUUCCAUAAUCAUCUCGUCGCAGGAUCGACACGGGAGAACGGCUGAAAACAAACGCACCUGUGAGUAGCAAGUAGUUUCUUACAACAACAUCUCCCACUAGAAGCUAACAUUGCGAUCAGCCAUUUUUCGUCAGGCAUACAAUUAAUACAGUAUUUCAAAGAGAAGUGUACUUUGGACUCAGUUAGUGCCAACGAGUAAACAACGAAUUGACCUCGAUGGGAAGAAGGCCACGAUUGAGGGAUGUUUUGUCGAAGAUUGGAAUACUUCAGUGCCUGACUCCAUCUGGGAGAGAAUUAUCAAACUAUUAGUAGAAAAUUUCGUUACGAUAUAGCAUAGCUCUUUAGUCACUGAUGAUUACGGUAUUCAAGUCCUACUGACCUACAUAACGAUAUUAUCUUAUCUCAAGAAUUCGGGAGGAACCAGCAUUUAUUUUAUUAUAUCUUCGUUGUUAUUUUCUUCUUGUUGAACGGCUAAGCUCUUUAUCGCGUCUAUCGACGGCUUGUUUACAGAUAUUCCGAAUUUUACAUACAGCAAAGAGUGUUUAAUGAACGUAGUAACUUUGAAUAGAAAAGGAAAAUAUUCAACUGUAUAGCAUUGUAAGUACAAAGAAGGACAAUAAAUGGAGUCUAAAGACCUCGUCAGUAUGCUUGAUAGAUUCAAAGCAGAUUUAAAGCAAGAGCUUAAAGCCGAAUUUGAUGAGAAGGUGAGUGUCAUUACAGACAGGGUUGCAGAUGUUAUAAAGGAACAACUACUCAAUAUCAACGAAACACUUAAAGAGCAGAAGGAGAAGAUAAGUCGAUUGGAAAAAAAGGUCAGGGAGAGGAACAUAGUUAUACACGGGCUGAAGAAUGAUAAUACGAGCGAUCUAAAAAGUUUGGUUAUUGAACUAAUAAGAGGAAAACUCGAUGUAAGAAUUGAAAACUGGGAGGUGGACUUUGUCAGAAGAAUAGGAAAAAACGAAGAUAAUACAGCCAGACCAAUUGUUUUGGCGCUGACAACGCUGUCGAAAAAAACGGAAGUUUUGAAGAAUAGUAAGAAAUUGAAAGGAUCUAAUAUUUCUGUCUCUGAAGACUAUCCUGAGGACGUUCAACAAAUUAGGAAGAGCCUUAGAAACGAUCUAGUAACAGCCAGAAAAGAAGGUAAAUACGCCGUAAUCAAGUACGAUAAAUUAGUCGUGAUGGAAUAUAAGAAAGGAAAUAAAAAAAGAGAGUUAAGUGUUUCUCCAACGAGUGAGGAAAGCCAGGCAAAACAAAUGAGGGCAUCAGAUGAGAAACAGAAGGAAAGAAUACCCGAAAAGACAGGAAAGGAAAGUAGCAGUGUAGAGAAAAAGGGUCCUAUAGACAACUAUUUCCAGAUGAAAAGUAGGGAUAAGAACUUGGAUAGGAAUGAAUAGCGUUUAAUGGAAACUAGGCUGCCAACCAACAAAAACGGGAUGAUAUUAAAAGCAAGGAAUUCAAGAAAUAAAAUUUCCCCAGAAAGGUUGGUCACCGAGGGGAAUUGUGACCGUAACCCCCCAGGAUUAGUGAUAGGAACACUAAAUGUAAGAACUCUUCGUACGGAAGACAGACUGUGUGAAUUAGAAGAAGCAUUACAAGAAACAAAUAUAGACAUUCUUGGUUUAGCAGAGGUAAGGAGAAAUUCUGAAAAAAUUAUAUACAGAAAAAGCGAAUUCAUUUUCUACCACUUUGGCGAGACACAAGGACAAAAAGGAGUUGGAUUUUUAAUAAAGAAACAUUUAAAAGAAAAAAUAAUCGAACUCAAGGGUUUCUCAGAAAGAAUUGCAGUGUUGAGACUGAGAGUUGGAAUCUGUAAAACGUUGAAUAUUUAUCAAGUUUACGCCCCUACAGCUGAAUCAGAUGUGAUUGAACGAGAACUUUUCUACGAGACUCUUUCUACGAUCUUGUCUCAAGAUAAAAGCAAUAAUUGGAAAAACUCUACGAUAAUACUAGGAGAUUUCAAUGCACAAGUUGGAUUUCAGGAAGAAAACGAGGCGAAUGUCGUAGGUAAAUAUGGAUAUGGAAGGAGAAACGAGUCAGGCCAAAUGCUAGUUGAUUUCUGUUUUCAACAAGGGUUGAAGGUGAUUAAUUCAUUUUUCAAAAAAAGAAGAGGAAGAAAGUGGACAUGGAUCUCUCCGAAUCAGCAAACAAAAAGUGAAAUUGAUUAUGUUUUGACAGCGUAUAGAGGCCUCGUGGAACAGUUCGACGUCACCGGAGAAAUUAAAUUCUUCACAGACCACAGACUGAUAACUAUCAUACUGUCUAAAGAAUGGAAUUCAUUGAGACCGAGGCGUACAUGGAAUAAAAAUGUUGUUAAAAUGCUGGCACUUAAUGAAACAGAGACACAUGAAUUAGCGGCAAAUGUACGACAUAUAAUUGAAAAUGAAUCGCACCUGACACUGCAGGAAUCAUACAAUUUGAUGGAAUCUCUGGUUGUGAGUUCUUUCAAACAAUC